GUCAAUUUCCUCUUAUCAGAUCUGGCUGCUCAGUUUAGAACAACCGUACGAGUUGAAGCGGAGGAUGAGGAGGAAUAUGACGUGAAGACGGUCGAGUUGGGAAAGAUUGUAUCUAAAGUUCAGCAGAUGAUCCAGGAGAGAAGGGGAAAGAUUAAGGAGAUCAAAGACACGGUAGAAAUGAACAAGAAAGAUGCAGACAGAGAGAUAGCCGAUGGUGUGCAGGUCCUCGAAGCUCUGAGGCGCUGCAUUGAAAAGUGCCGGGAUGAUCUCAACCAAAUGGUUAAAGAGAGACUGAAAUCCACAGUGAAUCAAGCUGAAGACCUCAUCAAAGAGCUGGAGCAGGAAAUAGAAGAUCUGACCAAUAGAAGCUUAGAGAUGAAGCAGCUCUCACAGACUAAAGACCCCCUCCACUUCCUCCAGGCCUUCAGAUCCCUGAAGGAUCCUCCACCCACCAGGGACUGGACGACGGUGGAGGUUCGUCCUCCGUCAUACGUAGGGACCUCGAGGAGAACCCUGGAUCAGCUGGAGGAGACACUGAACUCGCAGAUGAAGAAGCUGUGUGGUGCUGAACUGAAGAGGGUCCAGCAGUAUGAAGUACAUGUGACUCUGGAUCCUGAUACAGCUCAUCCCAGGCUCAUUCUGUCUGAAGAUGGGAAACAACUACAUGAUGGAGAGGUGGUCAAGAAACUCCCAGACAACCCUAAGAGGUUUACACGGCAUGUAUAUGUUCUCACGAGACAGAGCUUCUCCUCAGGGAGAUUUUACUUUGAGGUUCAGGUUAAAGAUAAGGCUGCAUGGUGUUUAGGUGUGGCCAUAGAGUCCAUCAACAGAAAAAGUCAGAUCACAGAGACCCCUGAGAAAGGUUUAUGGAUUCUUUACUUCAACAAGGACGGGUUGGUAUUUAGAGACCAUCCUGUUGUCCGUCUCCCUCUGAGAGCUGAGCUCCAGAAGGUGGGGGUGUUUGUUGAUUAUGAUGAGGGUCUGGUCUUCUUCUAUGAUGUGGAAGACAGGGUUCAUAUCUACUCUGCUACUGGCUGUACCUUUAGAGAGCCUCUCUAUCCAUUCCUCGGUCCAGGUCGCUAUAAUUAUGAAGGUAACAACUCUGCCCCCCUUAUCAUCUCACCCGUCAAUCAAUCAGACUAGGACCUUUGUUUAAUAAUAAAAUAAUCAAACAACCAAAAUAACUAAUGUGGUUUCUUGAAUAAGAAUCUCUUGUGAGAUCUGAGAGAACUGCAGUAAUGUCUUACUUAACAUAACAAGGAACAUUUCAUUAAGAAAAGA